CUUUAUCCGCCGCCACCAUGCUCAUCACCAAAACAUUUCACGAUGUCCCCACUAAACUCGACGCUAAUGGUCGUCCUAUCAGGAUCUUUGUGAUAUCGCCUGUUGUGCAAAACUAUCCUCAGGCAAAGUUUCCUGGCGUUGUCGUCUUUAGUGAAAUUUACCAGGUCACUGGGCCGGUUGAACGCUUUGCUGGACAGAUCGCCAGUCAGGGAUACGUUGUUGCCUGCCCCUCCGUGUAUCACGAAUUCGAAGGACCAGAGGCCAUUCCCUACGAUGUAGAGGGGACUGACAGAGGCAACAAAUACAAGAUCGAGAAGGAGGUAGCAGCUUACGACGAGGAUGCAGCUCUAUCCAUCGAUCUCCUUACCUCUCUGCCCAAUUGCAAUGGGCGUAUCGCAGCUACCGGGAUGUGCCUUGGAGGACAUCUUGCUUUCAGGGCUGCAUUCGACCCUCGUGUGCGGGCUUCCGUGUGUUUCUUUGGCACUGACAUCCACAGCGCGACGCUGGGAAAAGGUAAACAGGAUGAUUCCCUCAUCCGCGUUCGCAACGGCGAUAUGACUGGGAAAGGCGAGCUAGUGAUGAUCUUUGGGAAACAGGACACUCAUGUUCCUCGCGAGGGGCGUGAUCUUAUACGAAAGACUCUUGAUGAUGCGAAUGUCACAGUCUCGUUUAUCGAAGUUCAGGCCCAGCAUGCUUUUGUUCGCGAUGAACAAUCUAAAGGACGCUGGGACGCCGCCCUUACUAGGUCUCUUUUCGGCUUCAUGAUGGAAGUAUUCGAGCGUACAGUGGGCCGCGACCUCGGGCCGAAGGUCGAGGAUAACACGCCGCUUCAACAUGUUUGCUAAGCUGGAGAAGGUGAUAUGUAGUACUAGUGCAAAAUCAAAUACAACAAAGCUUCAUCUUAUUUUGGAACCAUAU